GCCACUUCUUGCCGCGUUCACGAAAAAUACGGGAACCAGGAGGUCUCUUUUUACGUUUGUUCACAUCGCGCCGCAGGAGCAGAACAAGCUUCUUUCGAAGAUACAGAUGCAGUUCGACACCCGUGUCUCAUCGCAGCACCCCCUCGGUAGUUAUGAAGAUUACGGCGGCACCUAUGUCCAGGACGAAGACUUCGGCGGAGCGCAUCUUUCCAUCCGAGACGCUAAAGGCAACGCAAUAUCCGUAACUGCGGGCUUGAACCACGAAUUUGGCUGCAAGUACUGGACGAGCUCGGGGAUCCUGAUGAACAGUUACAUGGGUGCUUUCCCGGAUCCCAGAGGCAAAUAUGGGAAGCAGCCGUCGCCUAACAACGUACUGGCGCCAGGCAAGCAACCCCUAACCUCCAUGAUACCAUCUCUCAUCACCAACAGUACCGGCGGCAUACGGCAGAUACACGCUGUUUUCGGAAGCAGCGGAGGGACAGGCGGUAUCUCGGCUAUGGCUCAGCUGUUCGCCUGCGCGGCCGAGUUUCCGCUCCACAGCUGUGUCACGUCCAGCGUGGCCGUACGCCCGACACUCGGCAAAGACGGGUACUUGGUCCAGGUGGGCUCACCGAAUUUCAAGUUCGACCCGGCUAAUAUCUUGCUCAAGAUGGGCCACAAAGUGGACAAGAAGAGCGUGUUCACUGCGAGCGCCACAGCGAUCGUCACGAGCGCUCGAGACUCGUGGAUGGCGCCCGCCGACAAGCAGCACACCGACGGCGGCAGUGCAGGCGUGCAUUACGUGCACCCCGUCAUCAAGAACGACAGGAAGUAUGUGUCGCUUCUGCGAAAGAAACAACUGUCGUCGUCGUCGUCAUCGCUCGCGCGAGGCGAGCAAGAAGAACCUUGGAAUCCGUCGCAGACGCACCGCUCCGACCAGAACGUCCGCCUUCCCCGAGGAUUCAUCGAGCUUCCCAACGGCUUCGUCAGCGGGAAACGCCACCACACACUGUCAGUCUGUGAGGACGCUGGCAUACGCCGCACGUUUAAGCCCCGGUACCACCAUAGUAGCUUCAGCGCGAUGGCUAUCACCGUGGGAACCCAGUGCUGCUUCAUCUUUCUCAUGCUCGUCCUCAUAAUCGCGACCAUCAUCCCUGCUUCGAUCUAUAGCUACGUAUACACCCAGCCUUUUAUCAACUAUCCCACCGAACCUUGGGAGUACAGAGACUGGGCGGUUGUCAGCGACUCCGAUCGAUGCGCCGAUAUAGCCAAGCAAAUCAUAGGACACCACGGCAGCAUCGGCGAUGCCGCUGUGUCAGCCCUCGCCUGCAUGGCCGUCUUGCUACCGCACCGAUGUGGACUCGGCGGAUCCCUGGUGGCCCUCUACUACGACCGGUCGACUCGCUUGGUAACAGCUCUAGACGCUGUGGGUGUGGUGUCUACGGAGGCCGAGUCAUCGUUCUUCAAAGAUAACUCGACGCUCGCCCGCUACGGUCGCAUGGCGCCCAUCGUGCCAGGAGCCGUAGCGGGCAUGCACGCCAUCCACAAGAAGCUCGGCAAACUGAACUGGCCCAGCGUGUUCGGCCCCGCUAUUGCGCUCGCCCAGCAAAACUACCCGAUUGGGCCGCAUUUCGCCAAAGCCUUACGAAGGAACGAGAAACGAAUCGAACCUUUCUAUAGACGCAUGUUCUCGAAAGUUAAGAACGUGGAGUACCUGAAACUAAGUAAAGGCCUUUACCAAUUGCUGUAUGACGUGGCUAACAAAGGCUGGAAAUUCUUCUACACUGGGAAACAUGCCAGGCGGCUGGUGAACGACCUCGCGCGUGGCUCGGGUUUCAUCACACUUGAAGACUUGGACCACUACGAGGCGCAUUGGGUGCAGCCGCUAGUCUUCAACAUGAAAACCCACAAGACCGUCUAUGGCGUGCCCGUCCCUGGCGGUGGAGCGUUGCUGGGGCCUAUCUUGGAUAUAAUGGACAUCACGCAAGUCACAAUCACGCCUUCGAGUUAG